AUCAUGCUGUAGCUUCUUUUAAACGACGUCAUCACGUUUUUUCAACUUGUAAACACGUGUACGGAGCAGUGUGCGUUGUUUGGGUGUCUACGGAGAAAUUUGAAAACGCUAAUCAAAAUCACUCGUUGAACAUCCUUAACAUGGCAAAAAGCCUGCGGAGCAAAUGGAAGCGGAAGAUGCGUGCAGAGAAGAGGAAGAAAAAUGCUCCCAAGGAGCUGGCUCGACUGAAACAAGCUCUGAGCCUGGAUAAGAAAGGAGAAGCUGUCAUGACUGACAUGCAAGAGAUUGCCACAUUGGUGCCGGGCGAUAAGAUCAAGAAGCAGGCAGAUGUGGAAAUGGUGGAGGUAGAGGGUGACGAAGGGAAGAUGGACAUGGACAGCAAGCGCAACAAGAAAACUAUGUUGGAUGAAAAUGGACAGUACCCUGCGUGGAUGAGCAACCGUCAGGCCAAGAAACUGAAAAGUAAACGGAUGGCAAAGAAAAGUGGCCAGGGAAAGAAGAAGAAGAAAGGCAUCGCCUGGUAAAACAGGGGACACCAAAGGACCUUUGCUUGAUGCAGAAACAGGAUCACUUCAUGUAUUGUUUCGUACAUGGAAACGGCAGACUUUCUGCUAUUGGAUCU